CCUUUGCGGUUCCAACAUGGCCGAGCUGACGGUGGAGGUUCGCGGCUCCAACGGGGCUUUCUACAAGUCAAUUCACAAUGAAUCAAAUGUCCCCAUUUUGGAACUCUGAAGUAUUUAUAAUUGAUCUCUAUACAUAUCUACAAUCUACUGCUUGUUUCUACUUAGACUUUGACUCCAUUACUCAUUUUGCCUCACAAAGUGAGUUGGUACUUUGACAAAGGUUGGAAAGGACACUAGCCACCUGUGUGUGCACUGAAAUCAUGUACGCUUGAACAUUUGGAAUUUUAUGUCCAGCCAUAAUCCACUUGCACAUGCACUUUGUGGAAACUGGUCUUCAGAACUCUGGAAGAAUGAGAAUGGCGAAGUGGAAAAGAGUCCUGGAUUUGAAGUAAACAGAUGAGAAUUCUAGGGAUUUAUCAAAGAUGUUCAUGAAGACUCCCUUACAGUUGUUUUUGAAAAUAAUUGGCAACCAGAACGCCAGGUUCCGUUUAAUGAAGUUAGAUUACCACCACCACCUGAUAUAAAAAAAGAAAUUAGUGAAGGAGAUGAAGUAGAGGUAUAUUCAAGAGCAAAUGACCAAGAGCCAUGUGGGUGGUGGUUGGCUAAAGUUCGGAUGAUGAAAGGAGAAUUUUAUGUCAUUGAAUAUGCUGCUUGUGACGCUACUUACAAUGAAAUAGUCACAUUUGAACGACUUCGGCCUGUCAAUCAAAAUAAAACUGUCAAAAAAAAUACCUUCUUUAAAUGCACAGUGGAUGUUCCUGAGGAUUUGAGAGAGGCGUGUGCUAAUGAAAAUGCACAUAAAGAUUUUAAGAAAGCAGUAGGAGCAUGCAGAAUUUUUUACCAUCCAGAAACAACACAGCUAAUGAUACUGUCUGCCAGUGAAGCCACUGUGAAGAGAGUAAACAUCUUAAGUGACAUGCAUUUGCGAAGUAUUCGUACGAAGUUGAUGCUUAUGUCCAGAAAUGAAGAGGCCACUAAGCAUUUAGAAUGCACAAAACAACUUGCAGCAGCUUUUCAUGAGGAAUUUGUUGUGAGAGAAGAUUUAAUGGGCCUGGCAAUAGGAACACAUGGUAGUAACAUCCAGCAAGCUAGGAAGGUUCCUGGAGUUACCGCCAUUGAGCUAGAUGAAGAUACUGGAACAUUUAGAAUCUACGGAGAGAGUGCUGAUGCUGUAAAAAAGGCUAGAGGUUUCUUGGAAUUUGUGGAGGAUUUUAUUCAGGUUCCUAGGAAUCUCGUUGGAAAAGUAAUUGGAAAAAAUGGCAAAGUUAUUCAAGAAAUAGUGGACAAAUCUGGUGUGGUUCGAGUGAGAAUUGAAGGGGACAAUGAAAAUAAAUUACCCAGAGAAGACGGUAUGGUUCCAUUUGUAUUUGUUGGCACUAAAGAAAGCAUUGGAAAUGUGCAAGUUCUUUUAGAGUAUCAUAUUGCUUAUCUAAAGGAAGUAGAACAGCUAAGAAUGGAACGCCUACAGAUUGAUGAACAGCUGCGACAGAUUGGUUCUAGGUCUUAUAGUGGAAGAGGCAGAGGUCGUCGGGGACCUAAUUACACCUCCGGUUAUGGUACAAAUUCUGAGCUGUCUAACCCCUCUGAAACGGAAUCUGAGCGUAAAGAUGAGCUGAGUGAUUGGUCACUGGCAGGAGAAGAUGAUCGAGACAGCCGACAUCAGCGUGACAGCAGGAGACGCCCAGGAGGAAGAGGCAGAAGUGUUUCAGGGGGUCGAGGUCGUGGUGGACCACGUGGUGGCAAAUCCUCCAUCAGUUCUGUGCUCAAAGAUCCAGACAGCAAUCCAUACAGCUUACUUGAUAAUACAGAAUCAGAUCAGACUGCAGACACUGAUGCCAGCGAAUCUCAUCACAGUACUAACCGUCGUAGGCGGUCUCGUAGACGAAGGACUGAUGAAGAUGCUGUUCUGAUGGAUGGAAUGACUGAAUCUGAUACAGCUUCAGUUAAUGAAAAUGGGCUAGUCACAGUUGCAGAUUAUAUUUCUAGAGCUGAGUCUCAGAGCAGACAAAGAAACCUCCCAAGGGAAACUUUGGCUAAAAACAAGAAAGAAAUGGCAAAAGAUGUGAUUGAAGAGCAUGGUCCUUCAGAAAAGGCAAUAAACGGCCCAACUAGUGCUUCUGGCGAUGACAUUUCUAAGCUACAGCGUACUCCAGGAGAAGAAAAGAUUAAUACCUUAAAAGAAGAAAACACUCAAGAAGCAGCAGUCCUGAAUGGUGUUUCAUAAACUGAAGAAGUUCCUAGUUUACAGUUCUUUUACAUUACAUUUACAAUAGUGCUUGUACAAGCUUGCCAAAGAUAGAAUAUGGAUCGCCAGUCUUUACAUCGCACUUUCAGUUCCUCCAUUUGGAAUUCAAAAAGGGGAGGGAUCCUGAAGAAAUCAUAUGUUAAACAUACUUUGACACCUACUGUGUUAUAAAAUAUAUCAUCAGAUGUGCCUUGAGAAUAGUAUAUGUAACAUUAAAAAAAAGUUGCUGGCUAUAGGAAAUGUUAUUUUGUUUUCAAAAUAUGGCAGAGAUGGGGGGUGGUGGGUGGGGUGGGAUCCCUAACGUAAUAUUCUUUAUGAAAGCAUUAGCUGCUUUUGUUACAUUUUUAAUAUGCAACCACUUCUUCACCUGAGGAAAACUAGAAUGAAAUGCAGUCUAAAAUAUUUUGCACUGAAUUGUAAUUUCUUCAUUAGUUUAGUCUGGAAACUGGUCUGUUUUAAUGUGUUUUUUAAAUGCUGUAUGUAGAGGAAAAUCUGCAGACCACUGGAAUACAUUUGUUAAACUCUCAUCUGCAGGGACACUGGGCGAUACUUGGCAGUGACUGUUCUACCUUGAGGCUUUGUUUGGUUUAUUUAUUAAAGUGUACAGUAUUUAAAAAUCAAACAUAGCUUUAGUUAAAACACUAAGCUGAAUUAGUCAUGUCCAUUCAGACAUAACCUGAACUACUGAAAAGAUCAAUUUCCAGAAGGUUUAUUCUGUAUAAACUACAUGUUAGUCUUCAGUAGAGUAUCUUUUUUUUCCCUUUUUUUUUUUUUUUUUAAUUUCGGUUGUUUGAUGUGCAAUAUGUUUUUGUAUGCAGGUAGUAAAUAAACUUUGAUCUUCCAUUUGCUGAAUUUUUUUAACUUUCUACUUUUUACACCAAUUGUUGCAAAAUAGUUGGAGCUAUUAAUAGGCUUAGGAUAGUAUACUUUGCUUUUUAAAAAGCAUUUAUACUUGCUCAUAAAUAGCAUUAAAAUGUCAGUUGGCCACUUAAUCAUUUUGUAAUGAAUCCUCUGAAAUCUUAACACAAGUUUAGGCUGUUAGAUGCAUAGGUAAUUAAUAAUACAUGUGAUAAUUAGCAAAAAAACCUAAUAAAAUUCUAAUCAAAGGCAACUUUGGAAGACAAUGGGGGAUAGAAGAUAUGACAAGCAAUUUUUAAAUGAUAGGCCAAUGAUUUGCUUCUUGAUUCUCAGCUUAUUUUGAAGGCUCUCAUACCAGUGACCAAAAAUCAGUUAUUAAACUUUAUGUAUGUGUUUUAGCCAGAGCUUAAUUUUUAUGAAGAUAAAGACAUGAAGUUUAACAAUGGUACAACAGUUAGUACAGCUCACUGUAAGGUCAAGUAAUUGUUAGACAUAGGGGAAGACUUUGUUCCACAAUAUUAUAUGGACCACUGAACAAGAAUGACAGCCCUUUGUAUUAUUUGGCAUAUGCAAAGUGUUUUUUGUGUGCAUAGUUUGUGUUAAUUUUUUAUGUGCAUAAAAAUGUGAUUUUAAUUUAUAUGCUCUGAAGGAUAAUUCAGGGUAUAGUUAAAAAUGUAAAAUUUGCCAGCUCAGUAUAUAUAACCCUAGCCCUCAAAUUAUUCUGAUUAAGGUUAAAAUUUGCUGGUAUUAAUUGCUUUUUCCUGAGGCCUUCUAAUUGGUUCUUGGUAACAGAAUUUUAAAGUAAGGUGUGAGUAGUGCAACUCCUGUCCUUUAUAUAUAAAAGGUAUCAAGUAAUUUCAUGUCCUGAUAUUUUAAAAAAUUACCCACAAAUGUGGUUUUUUAAAUCGAUCAAAGCUAGAAACAGGUUAAAUUGUCUUAGUUCUCUUACAUAAUUGGGUUAAAAAUUAUAAGGUAUUAGAAGAAUUUUAAUUGCCACAUUGGUAAAUAUGGUAAAGAAAAUGAUUUUUCAUUUUCUCCCACGUAGAAUAGUCAGAUACACUAAACAUCCCUUUUCCAUAAAGAUUGUUUCAAUGGGAAUGGAAGAAACGUGAGUAUAGCUGAACCAGUUCUUCAUUCUAGCAAUAACCAUACUAAGUUCAUUACUUUACAAAUGACUAAACCCAAUGUCUUGUCCUUUAAAAAAUAUAGGUAGUGCAGAAUUGUGAUAAAUACGCAGUUUUUUUAAAGAGAGCCCACUCCCCAAAGGGUAGCCAUUAAUUCAGGUAGCCUUCUAAAUGUAUUUGAGAGGGGUCCGUCUUUUUGGCUGCUCUCCUAGUUAGAUGAGAUGUUGCUAUGGGAAGAACUUGCCAGUAUACACUAAACAGACACUUAAGCAAAAGAUGUAUUCUGGAGCCUGGUGCGGUAGCUUAUGUCUUUGGUUCUAGCUACUCAGGAGCCUGAGGUGGGAGCAUCAUUUGAACUCAGUUCUGGGCCAGUGAGACCCUCUUUAAAGAGAAGGAAAAAAGGUAUUCUGGAAGAUCUUGUGCAGUUUCAACAAUGUUUCACAAUAUAUAUGUGAAUUCAUAUAUGACACCUGAACGGAAUCAUGAAGUAACAGCUGAGAUUAUAUGGUGGCAAAAAUGACCUGCUUUUCCUGAAGCUUUGGGAGGCCUAGGAUUCUUGCUUUAGGCAUCACCUUUGUUAAGCCUUAAAGGGGGCUACAACUUGUGCAAAAUGGUGUCUCAACACUUCAGACAUAAUUGGCAAAAGUGUAAUAGGAAUACACAAAUCUUUAUUUUGAAAUAAUCUUGUAUUUUAAUGUGGAAUUAGAAGCAGCACAUCAAACUGGUGAGUUCAUAGAAACUUACCUGAGAUGAUGCUGGGUUCCAUUGCUGUUGUGCUAAGUCACGUAUUUUUGUAGCUGCUGUUGGCUGUGUCUAGAGUUUUGUAACCUAAGGAGGGUCUUAUAAAAGUUGGUAUGUUAACUAAAUCUUGGAUUGGGAAACAGCACCAUUUGUAUCCUCUGCAAACAGAUUUACACUUUUGAGGCUCAAACCAACUAGUCUUCUCAUAGGCUGUUGCCUAAGGACAGAUAAAAAUGGAAAACAGGCUAUGUCCAGGGACAGAUGAUUGGUGGUUAAGAAUGGCAGCAAAGGAAUAUUACACCUGGAUUUUCCUCUGUAAGGUUUCAAGGAACUUGGAUUUGAACUGUCAAUCUACUGUUUUGACAAAAAAUCCCAAAGAAAAGGAUGUUUGUUAUUGUCUCAGUCUUCCUGUCUUUGCUACGUGAUUUGGAUCCCUUACGCUUUUUCAUAAGAAUAUCUGUCUGCUAUAGUGAAUUUGCCAGCCCCCCUUUUUUUUUUUUAAUUUUAGUUCUUUAUUAGAACGUGUACUUGAAUGGACUGUAGCUGCUCAUAACCCAUGUUAAUCUCUGAUAGUAUUUGGGUUUUAUUUCAGGAGCUUUUGCAAUAAAGCAGUAACUGCAAUCUGCU